GGCGCGCUAUAUGUACCGCUGUACUUCUGUACAGGAUCAGGGAAACGCUCAAGCGAGGAGAGAAGCAACAACGGCAACAAGCAGAGGAGAGAAGCAACAACGACAACAAGUAGAGGAGAGAAGCAACAACGACAACAAGCAGAGGAGAGAAGCAAAAACUACAACAAGCAGAGGAGAGAUUGGACAUUAUUCACAGAGCCUACUACAACUACAGUAGCCGGUGUGCGGAGAACUCAGCGGAUCCAGUAGGACUCCAUUGAGUUUAUUCCAGCAAAAGCGGAGAGGAGUGGGAAAGUUUGGAGAAAUGAAGCCCGUGUACCAAAACCUCAUCAGCCUGCUGUUUGUCUUCAGCAGCCUGCAUGUAAACCAACUCACGGAGGGUUGCUCGUGUGCCCUGUCUCACCCGCAAGACGCAUACUGUAACUCCGAGAUAGUGAUUCGUGCUAAAGUGGUGGGUAAGAAGCUCCUGAGAGAUGGACCUUUUGGAACGAUGUGCUACACAGUCAAGCAAAUGAAGAUGUACAAAGGGUUUGACAAAGUCCAGCACGUGCAGCACAUUUACACAAGCGCCUCUGAGAGUUCUUGCGGCGUCAAGUUUGACAUCAACAAGUACCAAUACCUGAUCACAGGUCGAGUGUACAAUGGAAAGAUCUACACUGGGCUGUGCAACUUCAAUGAGCAGUGGGACCGCCUCUCAUUGGCCCAGAAGAAAGGCAUCAACAAUCGCUACCAGCUGGGCUGCAACUGCAGGAUUAAGCCCUGCCGCUACCUGCCUUGCUUUGUGACCUCAAAGAAUGAGUGCCUAUGGACGGACAUGCUGUCCCACUUUGGCAAUUCCGGCUACCAGUCCCGACACUACGCCUGCAUCCAGCAGAAGGAAGGCUACUGCAGCUGGUACCGGGGCAUGAGCACCCGUGACAAAACCACCAUCAAUGCCACCGACCCCUGAACCUGAGUGCAUCUUGCCUGAAACCCGCUGCCGCCUCCCUGACUCUGUCCCUUCCCUGAUCAUCUCUUGAGUAUUUCAGAACUCUUAAAGCUCACUGGCCUGGGUGACUGCCCCCUUAAAGGGGCAACAAAGAGAAAAGAACAAGUCCAUUAUAGUGCCUGUUUCGUAGCACUUCAGAUAGAAAACAAUACAGUUUUUGGUUGUACAGAUCGCCCACUUGAACUCUCUAAUGUUUUUCCCACAUUACAGUCACAGUCCUCACAGCGCACUGUGCCUUUAGCAUUCCAUGGUGUUAAAAAGGAGACAGUUAAAAGGCCAAUAAAAAGUGUAAGUCUUUGAUCAACCUCCAGUGGGAUAUACAGAAUUGAAAAGCUAAUCUCCAAGACACUGUAACUGACAAAUGUAUCACUAUUAUUGUCAUUUUGUGCAUUGAGGCAGUAUAUCUUUUCCCUAUUGUUCCUAUUAGAAAGCAAGGACACUCAAAACUAAAGGUAAUUAAGUAUCAAAUAAAUUUCAAUCAAUGAAAAAAAGUACAACUAGCAAUGAUCACUGCAUAAAUUUGAGAUGUAAGGCUGUUACAUUGUUGCUACUAAACUGCAACAGUGAUGCAGCAUAAGAUCCUUGCAAUUCUGGACAUCUGCAAUAGAGAACAUGGCCAAGAAUCUUACUGAGAAUACAAAUUUAGGAAAAAUGUGCAAGGUAUGAUCCCUGAAAAUUAUACUUCUUAUUCUGGCUUCAAAACAAUUUUUGAAAAUGGUAUUGUUUCACAGUGAAGUAUAUGGAUUUAUAUGGAAGUUUUUUACUGUAACAUGUCUUUACUGAGGGUAGUGUCUGCUUCACUGAGUGUUUGUGGUGUAACUUAUUAUCCAGUUAAAUCACAAACAGCACUCUUUCUGUUGAACACUGAUGAAUAUCAGUGAAAUGCUAAAAAUGUCUGUCAUUUCUUGCAGAGAUGGUGAUAUUUUAUUUUCUGCUGUAUAUAACAUAAGCUACAGAAAUGAACUAUCAACUCAGCUGACACCUCUGUAAUAAAUGUUUGUAUAUGUUUAAUGGAUUACACAUUAACCAUGUGGUAUAUCUGCAAAAAUAUAUACAAUGAUAGGCCAAAAGUAAAUUGUGACAACCAUUGCGGCCUAUGCAAUCGAUUGUCCAGAAUGAAGGACCAGCAUCUGAAAAUUAUAUACUAUGGUACUUUUUUUUUUUUUUUUUUUACUGGCUUAUACUUCCCCCAAUAGGUACUCUUUGUGA